AUGGAUAACAUCGAACAGGCAAUAGAUGAGGAGUUGUUGAAAUUGAACCUCGAUCCUUCUGAAAAUUAUUCAGAGUCAGAAGAUGACAUCUUUACAGUUUUGGAUGGAAAUUUCAUCCAAAAAGACGUUUACUCUACCUGUCCUUUCAUCACUGUCAAUAACCUGUUUUCACAGAAGCUAACGUUACAUGCAGAAGAUAGGCUGCCUGACUCAGUACUCGCAUAUGUUGAAGCUUCAAGAAAUCGAAUGAGUGCCUUUGAACAAUUAAUCCUUGAAGAUGUUGAAGAAAAGGAUUUGUCAAGCCAAGAGCAGUCUCACCUUAAUCACAAAGAUAAUCCUACAACUGAACCAGCUUCAGAUUGUAUAGAAGACCCCAUAAAGUGGAAAAAUAAAGUAAUCUCUGAAUUAGAGGAACAAGUUGGACUUCUAAAAGACGUUGAGCCACAGAAUGCCCAGCAGGAGAUUCCAAAUAUGUCAUGGAUGGAAGAUGUAAGUGAGUGUGAUACAUUGACUGAGAUUGAAUUGCAACUUAGUCUUGAGUGGAAAGAAUUAGAGAAAAGACUCAAAGAGGAAGAGGAGCAGAAAUUAGCUGCUCAGGAGGUAGAAAGACUGCUGCAUUUGAACUCGGAAAGAGAAGAAGAAGAGAGGAGGAGGAGAAGACUGAUGGAGUUUGAGGAGGAGCUGAGGAAGAUAGAGGAGGCCACUCAGUUUCAAAAACCUGGAGUUAAAAACGAAGUUAACCACACAGAAGAUCUUCAACUGCAAAUGGAUAAACAUCAGAACUUAAUUAGGAAACUGGAGGAGCAGAUCGAGGAGGAGAAACAGGCUUUUGAGGAGGCUCAGGAGGAGGAAAGAAGGAGAACUCAGAAGCUUCACUGCAGAGCAGCCACAAAGAUCCAAGCUGCUCUCAGAGGAGCAUUAGCUCGUCGCUGGAGCAAAAAAGAGCUGAGGAGAAAGAGAGAGGAGGAGAAUAGAUAUGAGGAGGAGAAGAGGGAAUGGGAGAAGAUGAAGAAGGAGAAGGAGGAGGAAAGAAAAAGGAUCGAGGAGGAAGAGCAAGCACAGAAGGAGGAAAUGGAGAGACGGAGAGCAGAUUAUGAAAGAGCGAAAGAACAAGAUCGCCAUCGUCUGGAGAGAGAGCAAAGACUUGAACAACAGAGGAGGAAGGAGGAAGAAGAUAAGGAGAGGAGGAGGGAAAUGAAGAGGAAGGAGGAACAGAACAACAUUACAAGUGUAAUAGAUGAUUGCAGAAGACAGGAAGUGGAUGCACACAGGAAGAAUAAAGAAAAGGAGAGAACAGAAGUGGAAACGAGUAGCCAGGUGGAGGAUGAAUUUAAAAGAGAGGAAAAUGAGAUCAAAGGCAAUGAGGCAAUUGUGAGAAAAAUAGAAGAUAAUAAUGAAAUAAUAAGACAUGGGAAGAACAUGGAAAACACAUUGGAUGACGACAGGAAUGCGACGAAAAAACAGGACAAAACUAAAGGCAUAAGCACAGAAGACACAGAAAGAUUAGAUGAUAUGAGACCGCAAACAAAGAGUGAUAAAGACAGAACAAAGAGCCAUGAAGUAAAAAAAAGAGUUGAUGGCAACGUAGAGCUUGAUUCUCAGAUAAAUCUCUCACAAUCAAGAAAAAGCUUUAAAUUGACCAAAACCACUCCAGAAUCCCACAUAAAUGCACAUCAAGGUCUUUCCAAUGACCUUGGCAUUAGUUUAAUUGGUUCCUCAAGUGUUGCAGAUCACCUAAGUGUUGAAGCGACUCCGAGCGUAGAUACAGACUUGACUAUGCCGGCUUCUGAUUUGAAUGAUGUAGCACCUGAAAUGAACACUAGAGGACAUCAAAAUACUACAGAUAUUGAGCUUAAGGACCAUGAACCUGAAAGCCAAGAGUCAGUUUCAGUGUGUCUGCCUGACAGCACAGAGCAGAAGCGACUGGCCUGGAUGCUGAGCUGCACUCCUUGGUCCAAACUAUCAUUGCAGAAUAAAAGGAAAGUGUCUUCGGCACAACAACAGUCCCAAAAAAGAGGGCCAAGAAGAAAAAGAGUACCCGGUUUACCCCCUCUGUCUGUGAACACUAUUCUCAAACCAGGAACUUGGGGCUCUCUCAAACAGGUUACGACAGUGAUGCUGGAAGACCUGCCGGGUUGUUGCCUGUCUACACUGUCCGAGUGUAACAACCUGCAGACUUUGACACUUAGACGCUGUGGACUCACAUCCUUGGAUGGAUUGAACCAGUGCGCUCAGAUCAGAUACAUUGAUGUACAAGAGAACUCAAUUACCCAUGUGGAUUGUGGAGGUCUGGUCAACCUUCAGGUCCUCCUGCUGGGCAAGAACCAGCUGAUGAACACACACGGUUUUGAUGGAGCUGAAAAUCUGCAAAUUCUUCAGCUCUCACACAACAACAUCUCUCGUAUCAGUGGUUUAGGACCCCUGAAAAUGCUUCUGCGAUUAUCAGUGGACCAUAACCAGCUGCUCAGCACGAGAGGUUUGAAGGAAAUUUAUACCCUUCUGCAUCUGGACUGUUCGUACAACCACCUAUGUCACGUUGAGGGUUUGGAGAAUUGCGCUCUUCUUAACACACUGGACCUCAGGGGAAACAGUCUGACUGAGCUGCCUGUCCUGCAGAACCAUGUUCUUUUGAGGGACCUUUACCUGGAUGACAAUCUUAUAUCUUCCAUUCUUGAUCUGGAAUCUUAUUGGCUACCUUUGCUCCAAAACCUUUCUGUGGCCCAGAACAGUAUAACUCGUUUAAUUCCAUUCUUGGACUUGGUGUCUCUGAGGACACUGGAUGCCAGUAAUAACUGUCUGUCAGACUUGCAGAACGUUUGUCGGAAUCUUCAGAAAUGCACCAGUCUCCAAGAACUUAACCUGACUGGGAGCCCAUUACAGCAGGAAUACAACUGGAGGUCCUUGCUUCUGGAGACAGUGCCUGGUUUGAUUAAGCUGAAUAAUGAGCAGAUCGCUGUAGCAGCGGCGUCCCCAAAUGGUCCAGAACAGAAGUGGACUUUCCAGGCCUUCUGUCAGGCACAGCAGAAACAGCGAGAUUCACUCAUCCAGCAGCAAAAGAUGGAGAUCAGUUCUGCGCCCUCGCAACAUGACGCCCAGCUUCUUGCCAUUGGUCACCAACCAGACCUGUUCAGAUUGGCAGUGGACCAGCGUUACGCCCAUGAAUACGGUGACAGCUGUGUCACUGAAGAUUUUGCACUGGCCGCAGCUGCUUGUAGUCGUUCAUGCAGGUUUUCUGAAGCAUCUUUUUCACAGGGACAAAGUCCAGAGAAGCAACCUCGACAUACAGCAGAUUGGCAGAAUUCUGACCUUGAGCUUCGAUCUGCUGAGUGCAUGGAGACACAAAGUGAGAAGGAACCUGUUCAGGCACUGAACCUUAAAAUAGAGGCAGCUGUGGUGAUCCAGCAACGCUGGCGGAGGAGAUGCGUAUUGCGGAGACGUGAGGGCCUCCCAGGCUUAAUUGAAAAAACUAACACAAAAUCAAGUCUUCAUAAGGUGGAAGAUACCUGCAUUGAGAGGCCUGAGAGGGAACGGGCUGCUGUUGUUAUUCAGGCUGUGUGGAGAGGCUGCGUUCUGCGGAAAAGACUGGCCCGUGCUCUAGCUGCCGCUCAGAUCACAGAAAGCGAUGAGGACUUUGAAGAGGUGGACAUGGAAGAAUUCAUUUUUGAUGAGAAAGUGCAGGAGAAAGACUGGAUAACCCUGCAUUCCUAUUCUUCACCGGCCAGAAUGAUGCCAUUUUCGGAACAACUGCCAUUGCCAAAGUCUCAACUCCUUCUUCCGAUGCCGCCAAAGACCCUAUCUGUUUUUCCACGGCAACCGAAACAUGCCUGGUCAGAUAGUGAAGAUGCAGCCUGCUUGGAGCAAAGCGUGUCGCCUCACCUUAGUACCAGAUCAGUCCUCAAAAAGAACAACAUGUCCGAGAAAUCAGAAAAAAUCCUCAAUGAAUGGGGCAUUACUAAUGACUCCACUGCCCUUCUCAUGCUGAGAAGAGCCAAAAAAAUGAAAGGCAGGAAACAGCAGGAGAAAAGAUUAUUGGACCCAAAUCUACGUCUGGCCCUGUUCAGGAGCCACAGUAGCCAGUUUGUUUCCACAGAAACUCAAAGAACACGUUUCGCUUUCAAGGACAACUUUAAAGCUCACAGAGCAGCGAAUGAAGUUUACAAAUCACCGAAAGCAGAGGAAAAACAAACUUACCAGUGGCUCCAACCCGACACAGACUCUACAGGCACGGGACGGGAACAUUUCCUCCCUGAUAUUGGCCAUGAUAUUCUUAAUGGUGGGAGAGUGCAGCUUGUGGCCAUUGGGGACAGAGACGGUGUGGAUUCGGGAGAAAAAUUUUGGGCUGACUCCACUGAUGUCUCUCCACCUCUUAAAAAGCAUACUCAAGCUCGGAGAUACUCAGCUGAAAACAGAAAAACAGAAGUGCCAUCACCCACCAGAGUCAAUUCAGCUCCGAUCCAAAAGGAACGCAUCUCGUUCCGGGACAACCCAGUGCGACACAGUGGAGGCUGGGGUGGAGGAAAAAAGAGGGCCAAAGUGAACAAGUAAAAAGAUAACCACAUCAGCUUGUGUUUGUUGCACUGAGACAAUAUUGAUUCAGUUUGUUCUUUUGUUUUCACCCUUCGUAUUUGCGGCCGUGUAUAUAUUCCGAAUGUGAUGGAUGUCUUGUUGAUGUAAGCCCUUAACAAGACUUACAAUGCACAUUUGAUCUCCUCUGAAAUUCCUUGCAGCUGCUGUUUUUACUAAAAUCCAGCUUCCUCUUCUACAAAUGAAUUAGAAGCAAUGGAUGAGAUAUAGCCCAAAUAUCUGCAGGCGGUCACAGGAUACGUAUUGCUUUCAAGUAUCACUCCAUUUAACAUGAGCACUGCGAGCCAUGGAAUGGGUGGAAACCAUUUACAAAUGACAUGCUUAAUAUGCAGACAAUGACAGGCAAUAAAAACCAGCUUGUUCCUGUA